AUGCGUUAUUAUAAUCCAUUAUAUACUCGAAAAUGGACAAAAAUCUUUGUGCCUAUGUCAACAUUUUUUACUCAACUAGGUACACAACUUGGUUUUCAAACAAAUACAAAUAAUGAUGAAUCAAUAAAUUCAUUAUCAAAUGAAUAUAAUACAAAUUCAUCUAAUAUUAAUAAUUCAUCAUCAUUAUCAACCUUAUUUUCAACAUUAACAUCACCAUUUCGACCACGUUAUAAAACAUUUAUAUCAUAUAAAAAACAUCCAAAUGGUAUAAUUAAACAAGAUAAUAAUCAUACAAUAUAUCAUCAACUUGAUAUACAUAGAAUAAAUGAUGAAAAUAAUAAUGAAAAAAUCAAUGAUAUAAAUCAAAAUUCAAUAAUUAUUAAUAUACCAACAAAUUAUUCAAAUGAUAUAUUAAUAAAUACUGAUAAUAAAUAUACAAAUUUUUUUAUAUUAAAAGAAUAUAUACAUUGGAUAAUUUUAGCAAGUUUUAUUUAUUUUCUAUGGUUUAUAUUUAUUGCUGGUAUUUCAAUAGUACAUAUAUUAAUUUAUUUAAUUUUAAUUAUUUUUUUAAUUAUAUCUGAACGUACAAGACGUUUUGCAUUAGCCGUAUUAAUUUAUUUAACAUAUUUACUUUUAUAUGAUGCAUUACGUUUAAUACCAAAUUAUACAGUAUCAAAUAUUCAUAUAGAAGAUAUUUAUUUAAUAGAAAAAAAAAUAUUUGGAAUUAUUAAAAAUGGACAUAUGAUGACAUUAAAUGAAUAUUUUCAAGAAAAUCAUAUUGCAUUUUUAGAUAUUUUUACAGGAAUUUGUUAUCUUAAUUGGAUUCCUAUUCCUGUAGCCUAUAGUCUUUAUCUUUAUCGUUAUAAAAGUAAACGAGAUUAUAUGGAUUUUGCAUUUACAUUUUUAUUAACUAAUAUUCUUGGUUUUGUUAUUUAUUAUAUAAUACCAGCGGCACCACCUUGGUAUAUUGAAUUAUAUGGUUUUGAAUUUAAUUUAAACGUACCUGGUAAUCCAGCUGGUUUUAUACAUUUUGAUCAAAUAACAGGUUUAAAAGUUUUCUCAUCAAUGUAUUCAAAAAAUGCUAAUGUUUUUGCUGCUAUACCAUCAUUACAUGCAGCAUAUCCAUUAAUAACUGUUUUAUAUGGUUCAUUAAGUAAAAAACUUUGGUUACAUAUAACAUUUGUUUUAUUUACAUUAUGUGUUUGGUUUUCUGCGAUUUAUUCUCGACAUCAUUAUGUUAUUGAUGUAUUAGCUGGUGGUAUGUGUGCUAUAACAGCUUAUAUACUUUAUCGUCUUUUAUCUCGUAUACCAACAAUAAAUAGAUUACUUAAUGCAUACAAUAAAUUAAUAUGA